CUAUUUCUCUCCCAAGAAAAUUCAUCCAUUCAAUUCAUUCGUACAUUCAUUCAUAUUUCUUUUCUUUUUACGUCCCAUCACCACCAUCUCUCCACAAAACCAUACCAUUCCCAUUCCCUCAGCCCAAAAUCCUAUGGACAUUCCAUCAGGCUCCGGGUCAAACGACCCGGAACCACCUCCCAGAGAUGACAGUCCAUCCGGGAGGUCAGCAGUUGUUGCAGUACCAGUACCAGCACCACCACUGCAACAACAACCACCCCAACAACCACCGAGCAGAUACGAGUCUCAAAAACGCCGAGACUGGAACACGUUUCUCCAAUACUUAACCAACCACAAGCCGCCGCUAACGUUGUCGCGCUGCAGCGGGGCACACGUGAUCGAGUUUUUAAAGUACCUUGAUCAGUUCGGAAAAACUAAGGUCCACGUGGCUAGUUGUCCGUACUUUGGCCAGCCGAACCCGCCCGCGCCAUGCGCUUGUCAGCUUAAGCAAGCGUGGGGGAGCUUAGACGCGCUGAUCGGUCGGCUUCGAGCCGCUUAUGAGGAAAACGGCGGGAAGCCGGAGCUGAACCCGUUUGGAGCUAGAGCUGUUAGGAUGUAUUUGAGGGAAGUUAGAGAGAGUCAAGCGAAAGCUAGAGGGAUUCCGUAUGAGAAGAAGCGGAAAAGAUCGGCUGGUGGGGCGGCGGUGGGGGCGGUUAAAGUGUCGGUGGACGGUGGCGACGGUGGUGGUGAUGAUGGUGGUGGUGGUGAACAGGCAACUAGUUCUACACAUUGAAAUGUUGAUUAGAUUAUUAAACUUUGGUUAGUGGUUAAGUUAUAGAGUUUAAUUAUUUUAUUGGGUUUUUUGAUAUUUUAAUUUUGCAAUUGUAAUAAAGUAUUAUAAUCUCACUCAUUACAAGUUAGAAGUCUUUGAUUUAUGUUCCUAGUAUUUUUAUAAAUAGUUAAAUGUUGUUUUAGUC